AUGAUAUAUGAGGUAUGGUGCGGGGCUGCCGGUUAUGUGUCGGAAGAUGUCACAAGGGAACAAGGCAUGUACUAGGAGCGCCAGCAACAGUAAUGCGACAGACUGACGGUGGCGCAACAAGCGGAUCAACGAGAAUAUAAGUGUCUUGGAUCUAAGUCUCGCCGGAGAUUUGGUGGUGUGUGGGUGCGACCAACUUGAUAUGCAGGAUUCGCGACGGGCUUCGUCAUCGGCGCUCGCGCAUGCUGCACUCCCUGCAUCUGGCCUGGGCGCUAACUUCUGCCAUGACUGGAGCGACGCACCCCUGAUAUGCCUUGGUUUCUCAUUUGCCGCGGAGUUCCCCAUGGUUCAGUUUCAUGUGAAUCCAUGUGGAUUCGGGCUCAUGUUGGGCAUGUCCCACUGUCAUGUGAGGUCUCUACAUCUGUUCAGUAUCGCCGGCAGAGACAAAAUACUUGGUUUUGUCACCCAACGUCGUUUGGGUACACCAGGCUAUCCUUACCGUCAGUGUCUGUCACUGACCGCAUUCGAGGGGAUGCAUGUCCGCAAAACGAAGCCUUGGUUACCGAUGACGUCAGUCCCGGAGCCUGGAAACGGAUCGCGGCGCAGCUAUCCGCUUAGGUGCUGCCUUAGCCACGAUGUAACUGUGCUACAAUGCUCCAGCCCGUGUGUCUGAACGCAUGGACAACCAACAGACAUGGAUGGAAUUUUCCAUGGAACUCUGCCAUGUUGGGCUGUCAAAGCUGCCACGUUCCGAGGCCACGAGCGAGUGGUAACGAUACCCCGCAAAGCGACAUGUCCACCGAAUUGAUGGAUCUGC